GCUCUGGACGCCCACGCGAAGGGACGUCUGUCGGUCGUCCUCCCGCUGUCGGGGUCAGUGCUCGCUUGUGUCGUGUUAUGCGGGGCGCGCGGCGGGUCUCGGGCUGCCUGGCGUUGCGGUGCUUCUGCUUACACUCCACAGGGAUACCGGCGGCUGUUACGGGACCUGGACAGCCAACCCCAAGGCCACGCACGCACACACACGACGCACGUACACACAAACGCACACACGCCCUGGACAACCACACGAUGAAGAGCGACAGUGUGACAGACGCGAGCACCUGACGGAGGCACUGGAGGAGGGAGCGACACCUGACACCGGGAGAAAGAAAGACACACACUUGGAGAAAGAAAGGAAGGAAAGAGAGAGAGAGAAAGAAAGAGAGAGAGAGAGAGAGAAAGAGAGAGAGAAAGAGGAGGACAGAACUAACAGAGAACUUGAUAUGUGAAACUUCCUUUUCCUCCACCGACAACAAAAAACGACAUGAGGAGGUGGAGGAGGAGGAGGACAAGCUGAUGAAGUGAGCUGAGGAAGAGGACUCAGCGAAGACCAGAAGAGAGAGAGAGAGAGAGAAAGAGAGACAAAGAGGGAAGGACAGAAAGACUAACACCCCCAUUUCUUUUGCCAUUCUCGUGGGUGUUUAGUUAGUCAAGAAGGAAUGAGAGGAAGCUUAUCAACCUCCCCCUCUUCCCCGCCCUUGUCCUCGUCCUCGUCCUCGCCCUCGUCCCCAAUUACUCCCUCAGCAGAGUUCCGGCGAGCACUGCUGAGCCCUGAGUGACGGUCUGGCCUCAGCACCGCAGCACUCACCCCUCAGCAUCUCCCUCACUGGCCCACAGACUCCGGACAUCCCAGGAAGAGCGGGACGGGCCCAGCAUCCUCUCCAUCCUCUCUGCGCCGCACGAGUCGAGACAAAAACAGGAAGGCUCACAGUGAUAAAAGGUGAAGCGUCGCGGGACAGUAAGGAGUGUCUCAGCAGGCGCCAGGACAGAGUGUGAGUGUGACUGUGAGAGUGAACCCCCGCCUACACAUCCACGCUCAGAUACCCUGUGUACCGUGGGCGUGAGUGCCUCAGACCCACGCCCUCGCCCUCUCAGCGGCAGGGUGAGCGUGUUUGGGCGUUGGACACGUCACAUCAUCACUACCUCCUUCGCCGCCACCACCGCCACACCCUCGCCAUGAAGACCUUCUACCUGAUGGUGGUGGGGGCCGUGCUGGGUGGCGUGGGCGUGGGCGUGAGCGGAUACAGCCACACACCCACGCAGUACCACAUCCAGACGGACGAAGGACCAGAUCGCUACUUCAGGUUCCAGACAUACACGGGGCAGUACCGCAAGGAGAAGCGCCUGGAAGACGGCACAGUGUUCGGCACCUACGGCUGGGUGGACCCCAACGGCCUGCUGCGCCUGUUCGACUACAUCGCUGACGACGAUGGGUAUCGCAUCGUGCGGCAGCGCAGACUGCAGGUGGGCAAGGUGAACCCCGCCGCCUACCAGCAUCUGGCGGACCGACAGCCCUGGAACCCUAAUUACCGGCCGAAGGGGCAGCAGCAGAGUCAGCAGCAGAGUCAGCAGGGACAUCAGCAGCAGUCGUGGGAACCAACCAAACAACCACAAAGCCAACAACAACAAAAACAACAGCAGCAAGUACAGCAACAACAACAACAGCAAGGACAGCAACAGCAGCAGCAACAGCAGCAGCAACAAAAGCCGUGGCAACAACAACAACCACAAAAGAAGCCAUGGCAGCAACAGCAACAACAACAGCGGCCGUGGCAGCAGCAGCAGCAGCAGCAGCAGCAGCAGCAGCAGCAGCAGCAGCAGAGCGCCUCUCAAAGUCAGACCCAAACAGGUGGCGCCUUCGAGGGCAAGGAUCCCGCAGACACCAGUGACAUGCCCCUUGGCGGCACCUUCACCAUCAACUACGAUCUGGGCAACCAGUUCCACGUGGAGAAGCUGUACGCGGACGGCCGCAGGAUAGGAAGGCACGGCUACGUGGACCCCCUGGGCAUCCUGCGCGUGUCCUACUACUCCUCAGGACCAAACGGACUCGACCAGCGGCAAGAGAGUCGGUGGGUCGGCUCUAGGCAUCCUUACACCUCAUAGGGCGGCCCCACCUCUUGCAGGACAUUGGCACCGCUUCAGGAGGCUGACAUGCAUAGGUGCCAAGGAAUGGAAGUGUGUAGUGAAGCGCGUUACAGAACACUGCGUGAAGCAAACACCCGCACCGCAGGACAGUAAUGACGGGCAUUCCCGCAGCAGGGACGCAGUGACUAACUCUGCUAAAACAUUAAUACCGAUGCUCCAGCAGUGACGCGGGGCGGUGCAGGACAACAAGACACUUCGGGUGGUUGUUGUGGACGCUCGCCGCGGCGGUGCAGUGUUGCUGUGGAGACAUUCGUACACUUGCCAGGGUGGGGCACUAACACCCUCUAAACACUAACACACCAAGCCACUCAUGACAUAACGUGACACUCUCGGUAAAAGACAUGAUGUGCCAAGUUGUUUCUCCCUGUCUGGUUGAACGUCUGAAGUCUGGCGGACCACCCUAACUUACAUUAGUCUAGGCUCGCAAUUUUCAUUUUCUAUGAAUACUUCAGAAAACGGAUGUUGGGUAAACUAUAACUCAACGCAGAUGAGCGUUAUUCUGUAAUUCAACAUUAGGCUGUGGCGCUAGACUUCAGGUGGCUCACACACACACACACACACACACACACACACACACACACACACACACACACACACACACACACACACACACACACACACACACACACUUGUUACACCUAUGCAGGGGAGAGCGAGAGUCUGCCCAGGCAUAGCAUUUUUUCCUGCAUGUUCAGUAAAUCAUACCGAGUGUAGGAAGCGAAUGGAUGUGUGGAUUCCCAAUAUAUAUAUAUAUAUAUAUAUAUAUAUAUAUAUAUAUAUAUAUAUAUAUAUAUAUAUAUAUAUAUAUAUAUAUAUAUAUAUAUAUCCGGUGAUACGUUGGAUACUUCUAUGCUGAAGGAGCCGUGAGACAAGAUGGCGAGCAAUAUGCUGUAACUUAUAUCGGAUGAAAUCCCAACACUGUCAUCAGUCUUAGUUUAUUAGUCAGUGCAACUGAAGCAAUAACCUUACUACGUGUAAACACACAACACAGGGGCGUCGCUUGUUGCCUGGACGUGAGGGAUGGGCGACCAGGCACCAGUGUCCUGGCGUGCUGAUGAGCGGGCGUCACCUGGCGCUCUGUUCAAGCGUGAUAUCACAUGACUCUCGCCACCACCAGCCGCCCUUGGUCCCCGAGGCCGCACCUGCUGACUGCACCAGCAGCCACUCGCUGUGCCGCGUGGCGUCAGCGGCGCCAACAUGCGAUACUCCUUAGUAACUCACUAUAGCGCACACACACACACACACACACACACACACACACACACGAGGUUCUUUGGUAAAUCUAAGAAAUAUAUUCCUCAUCAGGUAUACGAUAUUGAUGCAGUCUGUGUACUACGUGCCGACAGAGUGCAUUGUUUUAUUACCUUGGCCUCUGCUAGCGACCCCGUGCUGUGUCGCGAUACUUUGCUGAUUCGUCGCCGUAUCUCUGGUGACUGCAGUGCGAUCACAGCUGCAACACUGCGUUAGCUACAGGACCUCUGCCUACUGUUUACCCCUGACACCUGAAUUUUCAGGCGACAAAUGAGGCUGUCGAGACUCCCUCCAGCAGCCUGACACCUUCAAAUACACCCACACCACAACGAAGAUAUACAUUUUUAGCUUUUUUCUUAAAAUGGUCUGCGUCUUCCUUAAUAAAAAGAAUUCAUUUCGUUCGUUCACUGACCGAGACAGUCAAACCUUGAUGAGCAGGACACGACCUCGCGUCUGCAGCGACUGAGUGUACUCCCUCCUGCAGUUAAGGCAUCUCCCUCCCUCGGCCCAGCGUGACUGAGGAGUCUUGUGCCGGGCGAAGGACAACCUGCCAUGGGGCGGCAAUGUUAUUUCUAGUUCAGUAAAUAUUUGUACAUAAGAUGCUGAUGAUUAAUUCUAAAGUAAGCCUAAUGUUGCUUCGGCUGUGUGCAGAAAGCUUCGUAACUGUCGAUGUGUGGCGGCCGCAGAGUUUUUUCACGUUUUUAUGAUCAAGAGGUUUUGGCAAAAUAGUGAAAGUUGAAGAAAAACUGUUGAUGCAUGACUGGUCCUCAUCAAGGCUUCCCGAACACCCAGCACGCCGCCUGCUGACAUCCGCGACACCACAAACCUGGUUCCCUUCUGAUUAUGCUGUAAUUACUUUCAUUGAUCUCCAAAAGAUGAUUCAUUAUAAAUUGCUUGAUCUCCCAUAAUUUCAGCAAACGCUAAAAUACUUUCCUCUGAAGUCGGUUUUGGUUAAAUAGCGCGUGGGCGGCAGACUGGGGAGGAGCAGGCGGCCAGCCCAGGGACCACGGAUCGUGGCCGAACCUUGAGACAGGCUCUCGGCACACAGGGAAAGCAGCAGAGAAGCCUCUCGCUAUACGAGAGCGGCACGGGCGCCCCGCCGUCAAGGACUAACGAUUCCCGAGGCUAGUCACCUGUAAUGACUACCUGAGGAAGGGGAAGGGCUGGUCCUGGAGGGGUUGACCCGGCCAGGUGUGUCCACCACUAACUGUGAUAAUUAUUGUUCUUCACAACAUUAAACUUGUACAAAAGGAGGAUGGAUUAAAAAUGACCAAGACCUUUGA